CACUGAGCAAGGCAAGCAGAGAGAGUGGAUCAGGGCUGUAUAUAUAGCUACGCAGAUCUCCGGAGAGAUCGGACUCCAAUCAGCCUGCAGUGCAGCGAGCCCCCUCCGCUGCUCGCCACAAUAUCAGUUAGCAGCCAAAGCACAAGCCAAACAGCUUCCAGUGAUUCAUCUGCCGACUGAGUCUCGGAGCUGAAACGAUACACUCCAAACAAGCAGGACGACAUGGAGAAGCUCAUUGGUCUCUGAGGGAAAUGAUAUAAAUAUUACAGCAGCGGAUCACAGAAUGAGUCAUUCUAAAAAUACAUUUGUUAAAAUGUACAGUUUUAAUGUAUCUAUUAACAAAAUCAUUUAUGUAACUGCAACACAGUUACAUACAGAGAUGGAAAUCAACCAAAUGAAAUACAAAUAUUUAACCGGGAAGGAACUAAAACUAGGCUAUUAUGUUAAUACAAACGCAUUUUUGUACAAUACAUUAAUAAAAAGGCUAUAAUAAAUACAAAAACAAAAUAACAAUAUUAACAAUGAACACGACUUUAAAUAAACUUCCAAUAUUACCUCACUGAAGAGUCAAGUUGAGCAUUCUGAAAUGCAGAAAGUAGAUUUAUAUUUUAACAUGAAAUACUAGUAUUCAAAUAGGAUUAACAAACCGUUAACCUUUACGCAGUCAAAACUGGAGCAGGGCGAUAAACUGAACCCCUGAAGACAUCAUUUAUUCGCUGACAUUUAAUCCACCACAACAGAUCGGAAGUAUGCGCGCGCCAGAAACACAAGAUGCCACGCAGUUUUGCAGUGGCACCGAGUUUUAGACUGACCGGCCAAUCCCGCUUCUGGAGCUGGAAAGUCGAACCGCCGUCCGUCUCAGGCUGCAGGAGGAACAGAGGCGGCGGGAGCCUGCCAAACCUGCCACACCUUCUCCCGCAGCCAAUCGCUCACCUGGAAAUACAGGCACAGGGCCUCAACCACACCAUCAGGAGACACACUAUUCUGAGUCACCCUUGAAUGUGUGCAAUGUGUCCGGACAGUGAGAGGAAACCAGAGUGCUCGAAGGAAACUCUCCACUCUCCUCACCAGAACCCAGGGAGCCCCUGUGACCAGGAUCCACUGUGUCUCCUCCAAAUGCAGCCACAGUCAAGAAUCAAGCCGCACGGAGAGUUUCCAUUUUGGAUAAGAGGCUGCGCACACACGCUCCGACAGUUCUCCAUCACAGCGACCACUCCAGGUGAAUGCUGUCAUGCCAUUUGGGUGCCUUGCCCUGCGAGAUGGGCGGACGUACGACGCCUUCUCUGACAUCACAGACAAGUAUGAGAUUGGACAGGUUCUGCGAGCGAAGGAGUUCUGCGAGCUGUGUCUGGUCAAGGAGAGACAGACCGAGAAGGUCUUCGUCUGCAAGAAGUUCCUCAAGAAGGACGGCAGGAAGGUCCGCAAAGCAGCCAAGAAUGAGAUCAUGAUCCUGAAGCUGGUCACCCACCCGAACAUCCUCCAGCUGAUCGACACCUUUGAGACCAGGAAAGAAUACUUCAUCAUCCAGGAGUUCGCCACAGGAGGCGACGUCUUCGACUGGAUCCAGGAUCAGGGAAAUUACACAGAGAAGGACGCGUCCAACGUGAUUCGGCAGGUGCUGGAGGCCGUGGCGUACUUGCACUCGCUCAACAUCGUGCACAGGAACCUGAAGCUGGAGAACCUGAUGUACUACACGGAAAACAACCACAACAAAGUCGUUCUGAGAGACUUCUACCUCUCCAGGUUUGAGAAUGGACCUAUCACAGAGCCCUGUGGAACACCAGAGUACCUCGCUCCAGAGGUGGUGGCUCGGCACCGGUACGGCCGACCGGUGGACUGCUGGGCGGUGGGCGUCAUCAUGUACAUCCUCUUAUCGGGAAACCCUCCGUUCUACGAUGAAACCGAGGAAGAAAACACUGAUCUGCACAAUCGCAUCAUUUUCUGUCGCAUCGUUGCUGGUGACUUCGAGUUCGACUCCCCUUACUGGGACGACAUUUCGCCUGCAGCCAAAGAGCUCGUCUGCCGCCUCAUGGAAGUGGACCAGAUGCUGAGGAUCACCGCCCAGGAUGCUCUGUGGCAUGAAUGGAUUGCUGGGAAUGGUGCAUCGGAAAAGAACCUGAAGGACGGCGUGUGCGCCCAGUUUGAGAAGAACUUUGCGAAAGCCAAGUGGAGGAAAGCCAUCCGCGUCACCACUUUCAUGCAGCGGCUGAAGAACUCGGAGGCUUUGACGGACAGUUCCGCUGAAGCCCACGGGACAAAGGAGGCAGGAGAAGGGGAGGGGCGGGGAGAGGAAGGGGUGACAUCGAGCAGCGUGUCUUUAGAGGUGACGGUUGAGAACACGCCGCCGUCGAUGGAGCUAGGCGAAGACAAGUCCAAGGUGGACAGAGUGGUGCCUCCAGACGUGUCAGAGCCUGCCUGCCAUCCCGAGGCCUCGCCCCAGGAAGAGCCCGAGGUGAAGAGAAGCAGCGAAGGAGCGAGAAAGGGGCCGGCGAGUUUGCCUCCGAACAAAGUUGCACCCGAACAAUCCAGCGGCACCGCAGCUGCUCUUCAGCCGUCUGGGGUGUCCGCGCCAAAGGCUUCACCAGACAAGCGACCGCAGGCACCUAAGGUGGAAAGUGACGGCAGCUGGUGUCAGACUCAGCUCCCUGAAGCUGUGGCGGAGGCUUCCGCCGUUGGGCCCGUCUCCCCGGCGCUCAGCACCGGCGUCCAGCUGAGGGGGGACUGCAGCCCUGGGGCCAGGCGCGACAGGGACGCCAGGAGGACGGACAGACACAGUGCUGAGUUUGCUGUCACUAGGGUGGCGCCUCCUGUGGGACAGGCCUGCUACGCUGCCGGAAGCUCCGCCAGCCUGGGUCGCCACGUCACACCGUACCGCUCGGACCUGGCGGGGAGCUACGGCAGUCCGUACAGCACCCUUUACAGCAGGGGGGGGCUGGGGAUGUACGGCACCGGGCUGCAUCCUCCGUCAGGCGACUGGCAGAUGGACAGUGUGAUCGAGCAGAUCGAGAAGCAGAUGGCAGCAGUGCUGGAGAAGAUCGAGGGGGACAUGCCCUCGCUGCUGGAGCAGAUCAGUGACUGUCCCCCAGAACUGCCCCGACUCCGGAGCGCCAACGUGUCUCCCGCCACCAGCCGCUCGCGCACCUCGCAGCAACAGCCCCCUCCGCCUCUCCCGACCUCUCCCCGGCCAGGGAUGCCGUCCCUCCCGCGCCUCACCAUCCCCCCUCCCACCUACCCCCCGCCGUCACCGCCUACUCAGGCCGCAGCCCUGGGCGAGCGUGAGGAGCGGGACGGACAGAGGAGGGCCGCUCGCUCCAGCCAGUCACCGAGGGCCGGGAUGGGCCGGGGGCUCUGAAUUGCAUGAACUAUCAAGUUUGACAUCUUGAUCUGAAGCUCUUCCUCUGAGAGAGAACUUGACUUCCAGCUGAAGAGGAACGAUUCGAGAGCAGCUCAUUAAAUGUCUUAUCCAUGCAACCUCUGGGCACCGACCUCUUUUAACCUUUACUGUGGCGCAGGAGUGUAAAUAGAUGGCCGAUCCAUCGUCUUGCUUCACUCGCACUUGCAGAACUCCCUUGUGUACAGUCGACUGUGGUUCACCGUGUUUCUUUAUUUUCUGUUGUGAAGUAGAGGUCUGCUCCACAAACCACCGACACGUUCGUUCACUCGAAACAAGACUGAAGCCCUCCCUAGUUCGAUAGUGUAUAUUAAAAAUAGACACAUUCCUCCCAACAUUCUAUUGUAUUUUCAUUGCACAUAAGAUAUAGAUGACUCUUUAUGUUGUACGUUCCUUCUCCACUUCAUGUGUACAGUUACUGCAGCUGUCUGUUCUUCCCUCAUGUGAUCUGUACUGUCUGCAAGUCUUUCAAUAAAACACAGUUAAUAUUG